GUUAUCUACUUGCACUCCUUUAUGCUAACAUUUGCAUUGCUAACGUUGCUUUCUUUGCUGUUUUACGACUAAGCAAACAACACCUGAUGACUGCUCAUUUUAUCUGUAUUUUUCUAUAGAUAGUUUCAGACUUUGGCAUGACAUGGAUGUAUAGAACACACGCACACCACCCACCUCUCGGACGUUCGGGCGCACAACCAACGGAAGUGAGCGGGUUGUCUCAAACAGAUCAGACACGACAUGGCGUGUUUGCUAGCCAGCAGUAGUAACAUAGGCUCAACAAUGUUUUCUUUAACACGACAAACAAAUCAACGCUCAUGGAUAUGCUGCUUGUUUCUGGUGAUUUAUUUAACGUCGCUACCAGUUUCGGCAAAGCGGGAUGGCCUCAGAGAAGUGACCGACGGGACCUGGGAGGAAAUCCUGACAGGAGAAUGGAUGAUUGAAUUCUACGCACCCUGGUGUCCAGCAUGCCAGCAGCUCCAGCCGGCGUGGAAGGAGUUUGCGGACUGGGGAGAGGACAUGGGGGUCAACAUAGCCAAGGUGGACGUCACAGAACAACCCGGUCUGAGUGGGCGAUUCAUCAUUACUUCACUUCCUACUAUUUACCACUGUAAGGACGGCGUCUUCAGGAAGUACCAGGGAGCUCGCACUAAAGACGACUUCCUCAGCUUUGUCGAUGAGCAGAAAUGGAGAGCAGUCGAGCCAAUUUCCUCUUGGUUCGGGCCAUCUUCAUUUCUAAUGAAUUCAAUGUCUGCUUUGUUCAAGCUCUCCAUGUUUAUCCGGCGUUGUCAUAACUACAUGACAGAGCAGCUGGGGAUUCCUGUUUGGGGGUCUUAUGUUAUCUUUGGCUUGGCCACCCUGUUCUCUGGCCUUGCAUUGGGACUGUUACUGGUGUUCAUCGCAGAUUUUGCCUUCCCCUCACGACGCUUCUCUUCUUCAGAUUACUACCAGAGUGAAAAAACAGACCAUGGAGCAGGCGAGGUUAAUCCAACGGCAAGAGGACGAACAUGAGGCUGACGGCGAGGAAGACGACGACGAAGAGGAAGAAGACGACGAUCAGGAUGACGUCUGGAGGAGAAGGAGGAGAGGGUCCCCAGAGGGCCGCCCAGAACCUAGGGGACAGGGUUUCUCUGAUGAAGCUCUGAGGAAGAGGGUGGUGGCCAACCGCGAGGAGGAGGACGACGAUGAGGAGGACACCUAGAGAGUCCCACGGUUCCUACUCCUUUUUAGAGAAGAGCGUCAUGGCGUCGGCAGAGUCGGAGGAGCUUUGGUCCCGAGCUGCAGUGUUUACAGCUAACCUCCCCUUCUCCUCCUCCUCCUCCUCCUCCUCCUCCUCCGGGCCCCCAGAAACACCUCGCUUCUAUUCUUCUCCCUCCCUUGUUUUUUAACGGGAGCGCUUGAGACUCUCUCCGUCUGAGCAGCAGGCUCCACCUGGAAAAAAAAAAGCUAAAACACUGCUGACACCUGUUUCCACUUGUGGAGACAAAUGGCCUGGCUGAGGUUUAGGUAUGAAGUGCAGUAGAGCUGGAUUUUGCAACAUUGUUUAUGCUAUGCAUCGUUUUUUUUAAAGUGUGUUUAUUUGAGAAUCAUUAUACCAAGCUUACGUUUGAAGUUUCUUUAGCUAAAUUUUAUUACUACUCAGCUUAUGUACAUACCGUAUGUAUUUUACAAACCCUGAUGGUUUGACCCAAUCAAAUCUCAUUCCUCAUUUUAGUGUACUAUGGAGGAAAGGUGGGGAAAAAGAAAUGGCUCCAAAGUGUUAAAAUCCUGAAGAUUUCACGCCUAGUUGAUUUGGCGUCAACCGUGGUUAUCGUGGCAACAACAAGCUCACUUCUUGUUCCAUCACUUCCUGUAAUAUUUAAAACCAGUCUCCUGAUAAAAAAAAAAUGAGGGUUGUCUUGUUUUGUAGACAUAUUUUCCCUGAAAUAGCUGUCAGUGCUAACCUCGACAAAUACAUCCCGUUUCCUGUAACGCCUUCACAAUAAAGCCACCCCUUGUUUCACCA